AUCGUUCUGAUGAGACAUAGCAGUGAGUCACGCGAUUGGCAAGUGUCAAGAAAUUAAAAGAAUUUAUACUUUGUUAUAUUCUUACAGUUUUGCAUCAAAGUAUAACUCAAAAACUAAAAGAGAUUAAUAAAAUAUGACUGAUGUAGAAAUAAACGACCGCCCAAAAUGGUUAUUAGAAUUAGAAAAUCGAAAAAGAAAGCCUCGUCUGGCACAUGAAGCUGGAGCAGGUGCACCUUGUGUGACUUGUAAAGCAAAAUGUCCAGGCUUAGAUCUACAUUUCUGGAGGAAAAUUUGUAAAAACUGUAAAUGUAGUAAGGAUGAUCAUGACGUUGAUGAUGAUGAUUUUCCACAAUUUGAUUUAUUAUUUGGAUCUUCAAGGAAGUACAAGAAAAGACCUAUUUUACUGCAUAUAAACAAUGAAAAAGAAACCACAGAAGAAGCAUUUGAAUGGAUACCACCAGAUACAACAAAAGAACUUGUCAUUGACUAUAUGAAAGCUUUGCCUACAGAAAAGUUACCUAUCAAAGGAUCAGCUGGUGCAGCAUUACGGAGACAAUUACUGCAAAAACAAUUACCUCUUCAUGAUAUAGAUUAUAAAGUUUGUGACAAAUUAAGUGAAGAAGAAAAGAAACAGUUUGAAAAAUACUUGGAGAAUAUAAAAAAAUAUGUUGGACAAGGAACAGUAACAAAGAUAUUAAGUGCUCGUCCAUUUGAUCGGUCGUUAGUAACACCUGCUAAUGCAACUGAUAUGCAACGUUUCAGUCCACAAAAUAAACCUAAUAUACAAUCAAAUAUUGUUCAGUUACGUACACCAAGUAGUUUUACUCCAAAAAACACAUAUAAAAGAAAUUUACAUGAAAAUAUACAAGAUAUCUCGGCCCCUUUAAAAACAUUAAGUAGUUGCAGUAAUAUCAACACUACACCAUCUUUUGAAAAAUAUGAUAUAGUUAAUAAUAGCGGUGAAAUUGCAAAAUCAGAACCGCUUAAAAGUGAAUUUUAUAAUACAGGUAGUUGUUUAAUUAAUCCCUCAAAGAGUGAUAGUAAUGUUCAAAACAUAAAUAAACAAAACUUAAUAAGUGACAAUCUGAAACCUCCAAAUUCUGCAACUAAUGCAGGCAUGAAUUCUGAAGUUACUUCACCUCCAAAUUUCGAAUCCGAAUGUUACAAAGAAGCACGCAAAGAUACAUUCAAAAAUCCAUCUACAUUUUUACUGCAUUCACAAUCAACCAUUGAUAAUACUGUAAAAGAUAUAUUAGCCGAUGCAUUUCUUCCACCUAGUGCUGUUCAUGCUAAUGACAUAAUUGGAAGUACUUUAGACAAAAAAGGUCUGAUGUUCAUCCGAGAAAAACUUAUAAAUAAAUACAGCACUCAAGAAAAUCAAGGGCAGGUACCAUACAAUACCCCCAAUUUUAGUAAGGACUUAGAUUUCAGUAAUUCAUCGUGCAAAAAUAGUAACUUUGUAUCACAAAAUAUAAAUACACCUAUAAACACUAAUGAAGGGACUAAUAAAACACUUAUUAACUCGAUAAAAAAUCCAUCUGAGGUUUUACCUGUAUCACAUGAUGGGGAUAUUCAAAGAGUAGAAAAAAUGGAAAACCCUGAUUCAAAGGUGAUACAGUCAAAUCUAGAUUUUAAUAAAGCCAUUAAUCCAUAUGAAAAACAAAAAUUAAAAGAAAAUACUUCAGUAAUUCAUUCUGCAAAAAUCAAUGAAAAUCUACCUUCUUUAUCAACUUCAUCAGUACAAACGUAUUUGUCAUCUCCUGGUACUAAUAAUUAUCAAGCAAAAUUAAAUAAUUUGACAACACCUUCCACUGUUAUACAUUCUGAAAAGUUGCAAAAUCAAAUAUUUCCUCAUGAUACUGUUGGUAAUAAGAAACAAUCGAUGCAAGAUUUACUAAAUAUGGAGCCCCUAAAAAAUGCUGUGGAAGAACUGGCAUUAGAUGUUAUUAAACCACAAAAGUGCCAUAAAUGUGAAGAAGAAAUACAUAUUGGCGAUGUUGCUGUAACUACAGAGAAAGCUAAAAAUGUAGUAUGGCAUCCUGGAUGUUUUGUUUGCAGCACAUGUAAUGAAUUAUUAGUAGAUUUAGUUUACUUUUAUUAUAAAAACAAAUUAUAUUGUGGCAGAGAUUUAGCAGCACUCUUAGGAAUUCCUAGAUGUUUUGCUUGUGAUGAGCUUAUUUUUGUACGAGAAUAUACCGUAGCAGAAGGCCAUAAUUACCACGUGAAACAUUUUUGCUGCUGGGAUUGUGAUGUUCCUUUAGCUGGAAAACAAUAUAUUACAGAAAAUGACCGUCCACUGUGCCUUUCAUGUUAUCAAAAAACAUACGCAAAAACAUGUAAUAUGUGUGAAAAAGUAAUUGCUGCCGAUCAACAAGGUGUUGCCAUAAAAGAUUUAAAUUUUCAUGCAACAGAAGCUUGUUUCUGUUGUUAUACUUGUAAUAAAAAUUUACUAAAUGGUAGAAUUGCAGUUAAAGAGAAAAAAAUAUUUUGCAGCAAAGAAUGCAUUGCACAAUUUUUAUAU